AUGGUUUCACGCAAGAAGCAGGUGGUUAUCGCCAUUAAUGUAGUGGGUCUGCUUGCAACGACGGCGCUCGUAGCAUACGCGCUUUACGAAAUCAAUGCUCGCUCGUUACCCAUUCCUACUGUACUCGGAGCCAUCACAUUGGCUCUUCCAGUGUUCAGUGGUCUGUCCGUCGAGACGGUACGUGCAACCAACAGACGCCGACGAAGACUCCUGGGGAGCAGGCAGGCAUCACCCUUCAUCUCGAAUCUUGUCCCAUUAUUCUGCUUAACAAUUAUUGAAGCGGUCCUUGCUACCCUCGCGGGCACCCAUAUUGCGCCAUCUGGCGACUUGCGGUGUGGUAUGGAAAGACGCUGGCAGGACAUGUUCCAUCGCAAAGAUGGGAACCAUAUCAGAGCCAUCCAAGAUGCCUUCCAAUGCUGUGGUCUUGCCAGCUCGCAUGAUAUGGCAUGGCCAUUCCCGGACAAGCAGCAUACGGCCCGCUCCUGCGAAGAGACGUUUGGAAGGACCAAAGGCUGCAUGGGUGACUGGCGGAAGGAUGAGCAGCAGAUUGCAGCCAUACUGUUGAUUGUACCAAUCAUCGUAUUCUUGUGGCAGAUGAUGGUCGUUACGGCGCCCCUGGAGCAGCACUCGUGGCUCGGACGUAUUCUCCCACGCCAGCUCCAGGCGACUUCGUCAAGUGGAGAAAACGGUAAUGUCCAACGUGCCCUCGAGUAUCCGACCAGCCGAGAGCGCUAUACCGAUGAUCCAGAAGACGCUAGUAAUAUUGAAAGUGCUCCUGAGUUACAAGAGACACUCGAAAGAUUGACAUCAGCUGCAAGUCAAGAGGCUGAAGCUGAACACACGAGAAGCCACUCCCGUGAACCUACACACGAGCAAAGAGACACUCCAAACGAACAGUCAGAACAUAAUGUCUGGAGCAGAUCUUGA